AUAUAGGGUUUCAGGUUGUUGUCUUUCUUUUUUUGGGGCUGGCCUUGGAUUUUUCUCUUGUUUGGGUUUUUUGGUGAAAGAAAAAUUAAAGAGGCAGGAGGUGCAAGCAAAAGAGUGUAAAGUUUUAACUGAGAGAGAUCAUAACUGUUAUCAUGGGGAGGGGUAGGGUUCAGCUGAAGCGCAUAGAGAACAAGAUCAACAGACAGGUGACUUUUUCCAAAAGAAGAACUGGGUUGCUCAAGAAGGCUCAUGAGAUCUCUGUCUUGUGCGAUGCUCAGGUUGCUCUGGUUGUCUUCUCCAACAAGGGCAAACUCUUUGAGUACGCCACGGAUUCAUGCAUGGAUCAAAUACUUGACCGCUAUGAGAGAUACUCUUACGCAGAGAGACAGCUAGUCGAACCCAAUUUUGAAUCACAGUGUAACUGGACCUUCGAAUAUUCUAGACUAAAGGCUAAAGUUGAGCUUUUGCAAAGAAAUCAGAGGCACUAUUUGGGAGAAGAUCUCGAUUCGUUGACUCUGAAAGAGAUCCAAAGUUUGGAGCACCAGCUUGAGACCGCUCUUAAACAAAUUCGAUUAAGAAAAAACCAACUCAUGCAUGAAUCCAUCUCUGAGCUUCAGAGAAAGGAAAGGGCGAUGCAGGAGCAAAACAACUUGCUAGCAAAGAAGAUCAAGGAGAAGGAGAAGGCCGCAGCUGAGGAGGUUCAUAACUGGGAGCAGCAAAACAAUGGCCUUAACCUGCUUCCACAGCCGCUUCCACAGCCGCUUCCACAGCCACUUCCACAGCCACUUCCAUGUCUAAACAUGGGGGGCACGCAGCAAGAUGAAUUCCUUCAGGUGAGGAGGAACCAGCUGGACCUUACUCUGGAACCAUUAUAUUCAUGCAACCUGGGAUGCUUUGCUGCUUGAUCAUCAAUCAGUACAAAAAGAACAAAACAAAACUACAUAUGUUGGUUUGGUUGUGUAUUAAAUUUCUGGUUUGUUGGUAAAUUUGAACCUAGACAUUGCUAAGGUAUGUGGUCGCAAUCCAAUCAUUGACAGACUGAUUAUCAAGCACAGCCAAUGAGGAUUUGAACUUUGAAAAACUGUUCUAUUUUAUUGAUGCCAUAAUUGUUGAGUAAA